AUGUCACUAAAACAGNNUUUCUACCAACCUUGGCUUGACGCCCAGGGUACCGCGGCCAAUGUCGCCGCCCAUGUUCAGGACCUCGCCCAUGUCGACGACUUCGCCAUCAAUACCCUGUCCGACAAGGGUUUCCGUCCUCUGGCCUCGCGCGAUACCACCUUGACCGCUUUUGCCCAACUUGCCGCCCUGCGCCUCAAUGUACGCCGUGCUAUGGUCAGCUUGAUCGACUCGAAACACCAAUAUAUUCUGGCCGAAGCCACGCGGACCCUCUCUUUGGUCGACGACACACGACAUGCAGACGGCGAUGCCUUGUGGCUCGGAACCACCUCGUUGGCCAGGGAAGAUGCUGUGUGCCAAUGUGCCUUUACAAGACAAUACACCGUCAAGGAUGACGACGGUCGCUCUAUUACCACAACUGCCGCUGUGAUGCCCGACUGCCGAUUGGACGACGAUUUCAAAGACAAACCCUAUGUCAUNUCCAGGGAGCCCGGUGUGCGUUUCUAUGCUGGUGUACCCAUAAGAUCAAGAUCUGGCCACAACAUCGGUGUCUAUGCUGUCAGUCACGACGCCCCGAGNGAUCCUCUUACUUAUGAUGAAUUACGUUUCAUGCAAGAUAUUGCCGUUGCUGUCAUGGACCAUCUGGAAUGGGCAAGAGAUCGUGUGGAUCGCUACAAGGGCGAACGCAUAGUUCGUGGCAUGGCCGACUUUAUCGAAGGCGCUCCCUCCAUGCGUGCUAUGAAGAAAGAGAUGGAUAAAGAAGAUCAAUCUGCCAUGAGCCCCAAGAACCCCGAUACAGCAUCGGGUUUGAACAACACCUCCAAAAACGAUUCUGAGCCGCGACCAUCACCCAAGAGAACAGACAGUAGUCGCCCCACCCUGGAAUCCAGGUCCCAAUCCUUCUCUAGACGCCGUGAAGCCAAAGCCGACAACAUGUCCAAAUUGCUCGAUCGUGCCUCCCGCAUAUUGCGGGAAUCUACUCUNGCUGAAGGUGUCGUAUUNUUUGGUCCAUCUGGAAACAAUCCCACGAAGUCUACCUUGAGAUCUGCCAUGGCAGCCCGUGACAGAAUGUCGGGUACUGACGACGAAUCUGCGAAACACCUCUCAGUCGAUUCGAUUGAUGUUGAAAAUUCAACAGACUCUGAUGCUAACCACCAUAUUCACACCUCGAAGAUCCUAGGUCUCUCUUUGAUGAACAAAAAGGACAGCUCUCUUUUCCACAAUACAGCGCUAGAUGUUCUGACUCUCGAAAAUUACUUCAAGCUCUACCCUAACGGCAAAAGCCUUCAUUUCUCCGAGGCCGGCUCAGGUCUUUCAUCUGAGGACGACAGCGCUAGUGAGAGUCAGAAGUCUGCCAGUGAUAGAUCCAAGGCAGUUCCUGAGACUACAUCGCAGAAGGUCAUUGGGAAAAGGAAAAAGAUUCGAAUGAGCCACCAGAAGCUCCUCAAGAACCUACCGGGCGUCAAGAAUGUCAUAUUCCUUCCACUUUGGGACUAUGUUGAAGAAAAGAUGUUAGCUGGCUGCUUCUUGUGGACCAGCAGUACUGGAAGGAUGAUGAACUUGGACGACGAUUUAUCGUUCUUGAGAGCUUUCGGCAAUACCAUCAUGUCCGAGGUCGCACGUAUGAAUGCGCUCAAGGACGACCGAGCAAAAACAACAUUUAUCGCGUCUAUGAGCCACGAACUACGCUCUCCGCUACAUGGUAUUCUCGGGUCUGUUGAAUUNUUGGAAGAAACAGCUUCCGAUGCCUAUCAGUCCAGUCUGGUACGUACGAUGAGAUGCACAAACCAGGGAUCGACGGCCACCGAUUUGGAGUGGCUCAUCGACCUUGUCAAGAUUUCCAUACCACACUAUGCUGACUUUGACUUUCUAGAUNNACAUUCGAUCUCAACUUGCGGCAAGACUCUGCUAGACACUCUUGAUCACGUUCUCGAUUACGCCAAAAUCAACAAGCUUGGUCGGAAUCGCAUGAAGAAGGAUGCCAGGUCAAAUCGACUUGCUUCCGCCACGGAUUCACCUUCGGAGAGUUUGAGCAUCUCAGCCGAGAUCGAUCUCGGCUUGGUUGUGGAAGAGGUUGUUGAAGCUGUUUGUGCUGGCCACGCGUUCAAAAAGAUGCAUACCGGAGAUCUCAAAUCGCGUGANGGGCCUGUGAUCACCAUGUCUCGCCACGCGUCGGCUGGCAAGCUUUCCACUGCUGAUGGUGGAAACAUAAAUGAGGGCGAGGUUGCAGUCCUGCUUGAUGUUAGCCCAAGAGCUAGCUGGAUGGUGCGCACGCAGCCGGGAGCAUUGAGAAGGAUUAUCAUGAAUCUGUUGGGCUGGGUAGCAGUGUCUCUGCGAGCCCAGGAGAGCUCGCAUCCGCAGAAGAUGGAUGUGGUAUUCCGAGUUGUCGACUCUGGCAAGGGAAUGUCUGACGACUUCAUGAGGAACAGGUUGUUCGUUCCUUUCAGUCAAGAAGACACCUUCCAGCCUGGCACUGGAUUGGGUCUUAGUAUCGUGAGGCAAAUCGUGGAUUCACUAGGCGGGACCAUCGAGAUCAAAAGCGUGCAAAACGUUGGUACAGAAGUAGACGUGCGUCUGAGCUUAGCAGAUGCCUCUGCCAGCAAAGUCUCAGACAACGAGAUCACUUCGGUGGCUGCCAAAACCAAGGGGUUGAGACUGUGUCUUCUUGAUCCUAACGGUGAGAAGGAGAGAGACCAGAACGACAACAUCAGCCGACUCGACACCACACUAUCUGAAGUCUGCUGGGGCUGGUUCGAGAUGGAAGUAACGAGAGCAAGCAGCCUAAAGGAAGUCGACGCAGACAUGUAUAUGUACACUGAGCCGCCCUCGGUUGAGUAUCUACUGGAACACCACAGCGUCAACAAGAAAGAAGGCAGCACAGGGGGCAGAGGAAAGGAGGUGCCGCUGAUCAUAGUCUGCCUCAAUGCAUCAGAAGCUGUCGGAAUCACUGCCAACCAUAUCAAGGCUUUGUCGGAUCUCGGCCGUAUCGUGGAAGUGAUCUCGCAACCAUGUGGACCUCGCAAAUUGGCUAAAGUAUUAAGCCAAUGCGUCAGACGUAUGGAAGAGACCUUCAACAAGCCCAUGAAGCCCGAUCGACAACCACAACCACAAGGGAUGCCCCACCGCUCACGACUUGAGGAUAUGGGUGCAGCCACCAUGCUCGGUCUGCCGAGUAUGACUCUACCACGCCUCAACACUUCAGAGGAGAGAUCCGAGUCUGUUCGGGCUCGAGAGUUUAUCCGCAAUGCUGCUUCCGAGAUCCCUCCCAGUACAGCAGUCUCGUUUCCCAGCAUCAAUCGAGACGAAGGCAAUGCCCGGGAACCACAAGCACAAUCACAAUCAACCUCAGUACCUCACGUCCUGCUCGUCGAUGACAAUCCAAUCAACCUCCAACUCCUGGUCAUGUUUAUGAAAAAGCACAAACUGCCCUACCAAGAAGCCGUCAACGGCCAAGAAGCCCUCGACAAAUACAUCGAACACAGCAGCGGCAACCCAAGCAAACCUCCCUUUGACUUUGUGCUAAUGGAUAUCUCCAUGCCUGUAAUGAACGGUCUAGAAUCCACGCGACGGAUCCGCGAAUUCGAGAUCGAACAGGGUGUUGCAAAGAAAGCUACUAUUAUUGCUUUGACGGGUCUGGCAAGUGCUGAGGCUCAGGCUGACGCCGAGGCAUCAGGUGUUGAUAUUUACAUGGCGAAACCGGUCAAGUUCCAGGCGCUGAGGCCGCUUCUUGUGAGUAAGAAGCCUGAGAAGAAGGCCGAGGAGCAAACAUCUUCUUGA